ACUCCUAGUGGUGGCCGGCAGCGCAGGGGCCACGUGCCCGCGCAGCCUGGCGUGCGAGCUGGCGGGCGGCGGCGGCGCGGCGCGGCGCGUGCUGGUGGUGCGCGGCGCCGACGACGCGCUGCGGCUGCCGGCGCGGCUGCGGCGCCGCCUGGUGCCGCAGCACGCGCUCGACGCGGCCGUGGCGGAGGAGGUGGCACGCUGGGCGCUGACGGCCGCCGAGGGCGAUGCGCUGCGCCGACCUGCCAGGAAAAGCGCGGGUGCGGGUGAGGUGGUCGAGGAGCGACACACGACGAUGCAGAAUGCCCGCGGCUUGAUACGCGAGAUAGAGCCUGCUGCUGUUUCCACCGAGAGCGCGCGGCCGGUGCCCCGCGGGCCGCGCCGUUCUCUCGCCGCCGUCCCGCCGCCGCCGAUCCCACCGCCGACGCCGCCGACGCCGACGCCGGUGAACGCCGAGCCCGCCGUGGACGAGCUGGACAUCAUGCAGCUGCCCAUCGUGUUCGCCGACGACGAGCCCGCGCCCGCGCCCGCCCCGCCCCUCCAACGACAUGCGGCGCCGACGCCGGCGGCGCGGACUCCAAGUGUCACUGUCACCAGCGGACAUCCAAGGGGCGGGCGCGCACUGAACUACACGCGCGUGAUCGUGGCCAAGCGGCGCGGCGCGCGCGGCCCCGCGCCCCCGCGCCCCGUGCUGCUGCGCCGCACCGUGCGCCUGCUGCGCGACAACUGAACCAACUGACCCCCGUUACAAUGACAAUACUUCCUACAUUUAGCUGCUGAGAAAAGGUACCACCCCUGCAUCACAGUACACUAAGAACAGUAGUGA